GUUAAGAGAUUUGGGUUACGGGUUUUUGUUUUUUGGGAGUUUAGGUAAGGGUUGGGUUGCAGGUUGGUAAUUUUUUUUUUAUUAUCAUGAGAACCUCGUGGGCUGAUGCUGUUGAUAAUGCAGCUUCGGGCUCUGAUGGUUAUGGGGUUGGAGGGUGUUCUAAUAAACCUGCAUAUGUUCCGCCUCAUCUUCGUAACAGGCCACGUACUCCUGAACAGGUGACGGGCCCAGCUACAUCAAAUAAUGUGCCAUUACCUGGUAACGAUAGGUUAGGAUAUAGUGGACAAACGGGUGGGUCACGCUGGGCUACUUCUAGGUCAGAUUAUGGUAGGACGGGAUACGGUACUGGCGGUGGUCGUGGUGGUCGGGCAAAUAGAGGUAGUAGUUGGGGUGGUAGAGAAUUGGAGGCUAACCCGUUUGGUAAUGAUGACGUAGAUGAGGUUGUGUCAUCUCAAGAAAGUAGUGGCAUUAAUUUUGAUGCUUAUGAGGAUAUUCCGGUUGAGACUAGUGGGGUUAAUGUGCCGCCGCCUGUAAAUACAUUUGCUGAGAUAGAUUUAGGAGAAGUAUUAAAUCUUAACAUUAGGAGGUGUAAAUAUGUCAAACCGACCCCUGUUCAACGGUAUACAAUUCCCAUUUCUCUAGCGGGUCGAGAUCUUAUGGCUUGUGCUCAGACUGGGUCAGGAAAGACAGCUGCCUUUUGUUUUCCAAUAAUUAGUGGGAUAAUGAGAGGACAACCUGUACAAAGACCACAUGGUUUUAGGACAGUAUUUCCACUUGCUCUCAUUCUAUCUCCAACUAGGGAGCUCUCUUGUCAGAUACACAUGGAAGCUCGAAAGUUUGCUUACCAAACAGGUGUCAAGGUAGUGGUUGUUUAUGGAGGAGCACCGAUUAAUCAACAGUUACGAGAGCUUGAGAGAGGUGUAGAUAUCCUUGUGGCGACUCCUGGAAGAUUAGUUGAUUUGCUUGAGAGAGCAAAAGUUUCCUUGCACAUGAUAAGGUAUUUAGCUGUUGAUGAGGCAGAUCGGAUGUUGGAUAUGGGAUUUGAGCCUCAGAUAAGAAAAAUAGUCGAACAAACUGACAUGCCCCCACCCGGUGGAAGACAAACAAUGUUGUUCAGUGCCACAUUUCCUAGAGAAAUCCAGAGACUUGCAUCUGAUUUUCUUUCAAAUUAUAUAUUUCUGACCGUCGGACGUGUUGGUUCUAGUACUGAUUUGAUUGUCCAAAGGGUGGAGUUUGUUCAAGAAACUGAUAAAAGGAGCCAUCUUAUGGACCUGCUUCACGCACAAAAGGAUAAUGGAUCUGGCAAGCAACCACUUACGCUGGUUUUUGUUGAGACAAAGAAAGGAGCCGAUUCUCUUGAAUAUUGGCUAUGUGGUAACGGGUUUCCGGCUACUACCAUUCAUGGUGAUAGAACACAGCCGGAAAGGGAGCUAGCAUUGAGGUCAUUCAAGAGUGGAAAGACUCCAAUUCUUGUAGCCACUGACGUGGCAGCUCGUGGUCUUGAUAUCCCAGACGUAUCUCAUGUUGUCAACUUUGACCUCCCUAACGACAUUGAUGAUUAUGUACACCGGAUAGGCCGAACAGGACGAGCUGGCAAGACAGGAUUGGCUACAGCCUUCUUCAACGAGAACAACAUGUCACUAGCAAAACCGCUAGCUGACCUGAUGCAAGAAGCCAAUCAAGAGGUACCUCAAUGGCUGACUCGUUACGCCAGUCGGGCAGCUUACGGGGGUGGUGGUAAGAACAGGCGAUCAGGAGGACGUUUUGGUGGGCGUGACUUCAGAAAGGAUAAUACUUUUAACAGGGGCAUGGGUGGCGCCAUGGAUUACUAUGGUGGUGGGGGUGGAUAUGGUGCGGCCGGUGCCCCCAGUGCCUGGGAUUAAUCAGAAAAAAGUUUCUGUAUAUAUAUGUAACUUCAUCUAAAAGAUAUGAUGAACCAUGGUAUGAAAAUUUUGUUUAGUUGACAGAUAUGAUUACGCCAUGCCCUCUUCCUCCGAUUAUAACAUAACACAAGAGCAUUGGCCUAACCCAUAGAGUCAUAGCAAUGCCUUGUUAGCAAGGUAAAAGAGAUAUAGAACUAGCAAAUUCUGUCUCCAUGUCUCGUUUACCUUAGCAUCAUGCAAUUUACCCUUUUCAUGUUGACCGCGAUCAGUUGGAGGAUUGUUGGUGGUCGGUUACCUUGCCUGAUAUGACUAUGUUAAGAGAAAUGUAAUAUUGCUAUCUAGAUAUAAAUGCUAAACGUUUCAUACUACGUAAACCUGGUUUUAAUAAUGUUAUUAAAAGAAGUUUAUAUCAUCAA